AUGGUAACAUGGUCGAAGAGUCGUUCACUUGGCCAAGGACACACUUCAGACAAGAUGGAGAACACUUCAUGGAACUUGGACCCUCUCACCGGGACAACCCCUCUGCCCGCCGGCCCGCCUCCCAUGCCACCCUUCCUGGACUACGGCCUGGCCUUCUUCCUCUUCAUAGCCUUCAUUUUUGGCAUUGCUGGGAAUGGCAUCACCAUUUGGAUAUUCGUCAGGACCAAGUCUCUGCGCACGGCACCCAAUAUGCUGAUAGUCAACCUGGCAUUCAGUGAUCUGUCCAUGGUCCUCACCAACUUCCCCCUCAUGUUCGCAUCGACUAUCCGAGGAAGAUGGCUCUUCGGCGAUUUGGUUUGCGAGAUCUACGGUUUCUUAGGCGGCUUGUUUGGCUUUAUGUCAAUCAUUACAAUGACGGCCAUAGCACUCGACAGGCAUGCUAUUCUUUUCAACAGACACUAUGUGAUAUGCCAUUCUAUGGAGGCUAUGCGCACAGUGACCAAACGUAAAGCCGUCUAUAAAAUCCUGCUCGUCUGGAUAUACAGCAUGAUCUGGGCCCUCCUACCCUUCUUUGGCUUUGGAGCCUACGUCCUGGAAGGCUAUGGUGUCAACUGCACGUUCGAAUACCUGGAUCUAUCGCUGAAGAACAGGCUGUACGUUGGCGUGAUCUUCAUGUUUGGCUUUCUGAUCCCAUUAGGGGUGAUCAUAGCAUGUUAUGCUCACAUCGCAUACACCUUACGACAGCAUCGCCUGCAGCUUAUGAGGGUGCAGAAUGAUCUGCGAUCUCCCGGCAACGAUAAGGCGCAGGCAUCCGCCAUUCGCAAAGUCAAAGCCGAUAACGUCGAGUGGCAGAUCGCCAAGGUGGGCAUCAUGCUCACCGUCCUGUUCUGCGCGUCGUGGAUGCCGUACGCAUCCAUUGCGUUCAUCGGGGAGUAUAUCGAUAGUGCUUUGGUCACCCCGAUGGGUCAAGUCAUUCCAGUCCUCUUCGCUAAGAGUUCAGCUAGCUGGAAUCCCUUAGUCUACGCCAUCUCCCACCAGCGCUUCAAGGAAGCUCUUCGCGAUCGUUUCUUCGUCUACUGUUGUGGGGAAGCGGAGAGCCGCCGCCAGCAUCGGUCCACCACCCGCUCCAUGUCCAGCGACAACCGCAACACCGACUCCAGGGCUACCAGUGUCCGGUCCGUGAUCUCGGAGGUGGACAAGCGGGACAGGACCGGCACUGUCAUGUCCACUGUUUCCACCAAGACCGAUGAGAUUGAGAUGGAUAGUGGGGCGUUGCACCACAAACCCGCCAAGAGCUCUCUGAAAGGCGGGCGAGAACGGGCCAACAAGAACACCACCAACAACGACCAGGAGCCGGUGAGCGAGCAGAGACGAAGGUCCCUCCCCGACACCUCGACCGUUGACUCGGGUAAUGUCAACUUGGUCAUGAAAUCACGGGAUGGGGCCAAGAUACAAGGCCAGUAUGUGGCAUACGAUAACCCGGCAGCCUCGCUAAGUGAUCGAGACGAACUGACGAAACUAUGAACAGAUAAAAGGACCGAAGUCUACAUACGGUUCGUGUACCAAAUAAAAUCGAAACCCGUGUACAGUAAAACGCCGCUAUAACGAACACCGUUCUAACGAGCAUUUGGCUAUAACGAACAACCCCUUGUAUCACAAAAGAUGAUGCUCUAUGGUUAUAUAAAGCUAUAAACUAUGGAAUUGCGCUAAUUCAUCGACCAAAAAUUCCAUGCGCACUAGUAUAGUCAAUGUUGUUCACUUGUUUGGUUUUCAUUAUGUAAUUCCACACGAUAUAUGAGAUAUUCAUAUUAUGUCAUAAAUGAUUGAAUAUUCAUGUUACGUCACACGUUAAUGAAUAUUCAUUGUAUGCCUACUUUUCACCGGAAGUUCCUUUUUUGCAUAAGUAUUUGCGAAGAUUACAACAGAAUUCAAAUUACCUUGUAAUAGUUGUAUGACUUGUUUUUAAAUACUAUAAAAUAAUUAUUGUUGUAAACGAUCACGCAAGAGUUAACUUAUACGGCUGAUGUAAUUGACUGCUAAAUUAUACAAAAAAUAUUAUUACUCUAAUGUUAUAUAGGAAUGGAAUGCCUUUUGUUGUAGUAAUGAAGACGGGAUUAGGGUUGCUAAUCAGAUGAGGGAGAUUACUGCGAUGAUGUAAUGAUUGUUUUAAAGAGUUUUUGUGUACUGUUUAUAUGUGUAAUUUUGUACUUGUGUAUUUUUGUUUUUGGGUAAUAUGUAUCUGUAUACAGAUCGUAUACAGAUACAUAUUACACAAAAACAAAAAUACACAAGUACAAAAAUAUAAAUAAAAAGUACAAAAAAAUAAUAAAAAGGUAUAUAUAUACCUUUUUAUUUUGCAUUUUUAUGCGAAUAAAGAAUCUAAACUGAACUGUACUCAUAUCAAACAGUACUAUAGAUAUACCUGCGAGAUAUUUAUUUUGUAUAAAAUAUUGCAAACGUAACUUUUAAUGAUUAAAUCAUGUAGUAUAGCGCCUACUCUUGAAUGCCUUGAAAAUGACACUGAGAAGAGCUCUUCCUGCGAUAAGCCUCAAGUUCUUGAAACUUUCAACAAACUCAACCUUACUCACUGUAGCUCCGAAAUGUUUGCUGUGUUUAAGUCUAAAUGUUUUACAGAACAUUCCACGACGUGCCAUUUAACAAAAAAAUGGGAGAAUAUAUCCUCCAUGUUUAACUUGUCGCAGGCAAAAUGCACCCAAAAGUGUUAUCGAAGUUAUGGGUUUAACGCUGUGUUAAGUAUCAUAGUAUCUGCCGAGAACCAGUUAAAAAGAAGAGUAUUAUCGCUGGUUCCCUUGUAAAGAAGCAAAAUGAUGAAACACUGUAAACUAUAAACACUUGUUUUUAUACUUAAAUAUAAUACUUGUACUUAAAUUAUACCAUUUAAUGGUUAUAUAGAGAGGAGCGAUACUUAAGUAAGAAGUUAGUCUAUUCACUAGUGGGUGCUCCAUCGUAUAAAAAGUAACUAGUCUAUAAUACACAAGAAAAUGUUGAAUUACCGGAAAUUAUACGUUAGGGAGACAUUCCCAUAGGGUUGUGCACAAAAUCGUUCCAACUUUUAUGACUCCUAACCCUAACUUUCCCUUAUCCUACCUCCAGGAAUGUUGGUACAUUAAUGGUUUGGACCACGGGCAAUCAAUCUAGCCUAUUUACGACGAUAAAAUGUUGCCUCUAAAUAGGAGUUGCGACAUGAGGGAGACAUUGAAAUGUCUCCUUAAUGUCUGGCGUCUCCCGAAGGUAUAACUUACGACGAAAAGAUGUCUCCUGAAGGGUACAUUAAAAGGAAAUAAACAGGACGUAAAUGUACUUAGAGUUUAUUUGAAAACCGUAAAAAUGUUACAUCCGAACGUCACGAACCGUACAAUCCUACAUGUUAAAUUGAAAUAUUUUCAACUGUACAUUUACUUGAAAUAUUAUAUUCUCUAAAAAAAAUAUAUUAUAUUUAUAUAUUGUGAUGUUGGGAUGUAAUACACAAAGAGGUUUUUUAUCGGAAAUAUGACACAAACGGAAUAUAACUGAUGUACUACUACAGUUAUUUUACUUUUGACAGGCCAUGUAUUAAUUUACACACUGGUUGUGUUUCUGUGUGUGCGUGUUUAUGGUGUAAAUCGAGGACACACACGUGCAACAUCAUCGACUGAAUCGAGGACGACCUCGACCUCGAUUAGAAAACGUGUACAAAACCAAUGAGAGCUGUUGCAAAAAAAGUACAAACAAAGGAAAAGGGAAGAGGAACAAGAGAAAAUCCUCGUUUUACACCAUAAAAAUCUUGGGAGGUGCCAAAUCCCACAUCUAAUAAGUCUGGUUCCCAGACCAAAAGUUUCAGACUAUUCUGAGCAUCAUGCCCGUUUACGAAAAUGGGCGAAGUUCUCCGAAUGCGUUUUCGUUGAGACUCGGAUAUGUCCGCGAUAGUUGGGGUAUCUCCAAGUUCAAAAUGUUUUUUUUUUUACCAAUAAAAUAGUCAUGGUUAUUAUCAAUCCUAAAACAAAACUGAGCUCAUAAAUUAAAAACUUGCAUUUGAGAAUGUUAAUACCAGGCGUAGUUCCCAGUAUACGAUCUGUAUUAAAAUGUCUGAUACAGACUUUGUGCAAGCACGCGCUCAGGUUUUUUUUUCCGAGCGAUGGGCUAUUAAUUUUGCAGCGUUAUGUUCUAUUUUUGAAAGUGGCGGUUACCCGACUUACGAACUAUUGUGAGACGUAUGAUCAUGUGGUCAGGAAACCAAACUUAAUUUUCUUUCGUUUGUAAACAUUGUGCGUCAAUUUUUAAUGGGCUGCCACAGGACCAUAAUGUAAGCCGUGGUUGGCAACAUAUUUUGCCAAAACUUGCAUAUUAAACCCUCACUAUAAGAAAGAGGAAUGGUUAUUAA